AUGGCUCAAUCCCUCCCGCAUCUGCCUAAGGGCAUCCCAUCCCCUCUGGUUAUGUGGAAAGACAUGACUCCCUAUCACGCACGACUACAGGCAGCAAGCCUCUCGUCUCCUCGGGUCCUCGUGAUUGGAGGAGGUGUGACGGGCUUGAUAACUUCAUGGGCGCUGCUUGACAAGGGGUACCAUGUGACGAUCCUCUCUAAGGAGUGGGCAUCGUACGGCCACGAGCAACGGCUGACCUCGCAGAUCGCCGGCGCGCUGUGGGAAUUUCCUCCGGCCGUGUGUGGGCAGCACACCGACGCCAUCUCGCUGGCCAACUCUAAGCGCUGGUGUAUGGUCGCCUACCAUAACUGGGACCAGAUGGCCGCCAUCCCCGCUAUCGCCGCUGUUUCGGGUGUGUCCAUGAAGCCAGCCGACUUUUUCUUCCCCAAUCCUAUUGAGGAGGACCCGGCGCAGUUGGCCAAGAUGGAGGAGAUCAUGGCUAGCGGCGUUCGGGGGUUCCUCCGCUCUAUCCGCCUAAUAGAGAAGCGCCACAUCGAUCCGCAAUACGGCGCCGUCGAUGGUUAUGAGCACUUGGCACCGAUUAUCGACACCGACCAAUGCAUGGCUUGGCUCAUGGAUCUGGUCCAGGCCAAAGGUGCCACGCUCGUAACGGAGACACUGCAGGGGGACAUCCUCGACCAUGAGGAACGGCUUCGUCGACGCUUUCAAGCAGACGUGAUUUUGAACGCUACGGGGCUAGCUGGUGCCGAGCUCGCCGGCGAUACCUCCUGCUAUCCUAUCCGCGGCGGACUAAUUCGAGUCAUCAACGAUGGCUCGGACUUCCCCAAGGCGGAGGCCGCCCUCACCAUCUCCGCUGAUGCCGCCCACUCUGAGCAUGAGAUCGUCUUCCUGGUGCCUCGCAACGACAACAUCCUAUUGAUCGGCGGCAUUGCCGAGUCCCACGAAUGGGAUCUGGAUCUGACACUGGACUCGCCCAUCAUUAAGCGCAUGCGAGCGCGCUGCGAGUCCUUCCUCCCCGGUCUCAAGGAUGCUCGCUUGGACCCUGACUACCCAUUGGCCCAGGGACUGCGACCCUUCCGGGCAAAGAAUGUGCGUGUGGAGCGUGAACUGCGCAAACUGGGCCGCAAGCCUAGCCGCAUUGUGCACUCAUAUGGCCAAGGCGGUGCGGGAUGGAGUCUCUCCUUCGGCUGUGCAUCGGAUGCCCUGGCGUUGAUUGAAGAAGCCCUGCUAGAUCUGGAACCGGUUCCUAUGGCCAUUCUUGAUCAGAAAGAUUAUUCUUGCCCCAUGGUAUCUCAGACCAUUCAGGCCAACUUAUAG